AUGGCCGACUUCUACCUCCGCACAGCAGCAUCCCUCGACAAAAUCCUCGCAAACACCCAGUCGGUCAAGGCUGCCGCUGCGCCCCACCAUGACUCGAAACGCGUCCUCGCCCUCCUCGUAAACACCCUUGCCUAUCGUCAUCCCCUGACACAGGUGCUUGAACACGUCAAUGUCGCCAAACUCGAGCGCAGAUCCUUCCCCGACCGCUCCUUGACCCCCUCCAACCCACCUGCGGCGAUAGCGCCCACCUCUAAACGCGGCAAACCACCACUUCGAGGGCAAGCAAAUGGCACGCAGAAGCCGCACAAGACAUCUUCUGCCUCUGCCCCUGCCUCAAAGGGCAACGGCAGCGCGCCGAGCUCAGCCAGCACACCCACCACCACCUCCCUCCUCCUCGUCCUCGCUCACGACCUCCUCUUUUCGAACCGUGGCAUCCAGGCGGCCAAGGCCUGGCCGCCCAAGCUCGCCAUCGAGCGUCACCGCGCUCGCCUCCACUCGGAGCUGGUCAAGCUGCAGUUGAGGGCGGGCAAGUCGCGAAUCCAAGACCUUCGUGCCGGCGCAAUUGCAGGCGCCCAGGACGGGCGCUCCUUUGACGAUAUCGUGCGCACCAUCCCUCGCUGGGCCCGCGUCAACGAGCUCAAGACCACCGUCCAGCAUGUGAAAGCCUGGCUGGCGGAACGAGGCUGGAAAGAGGCUGGACUCGAUCGAGGCAGGACCGAGCUCGUAGCCAGCAACGAGUACGCCGUGUCCAGUCACAUUCCCUCUCUCCUCGCUUUCCCGCCAAAGAGCACGUCGACCAUCCUCGCCUCCGAACUCUACCGCGACGGCCUGCUCGUCUUACAAGAUCUGGCCAGCUGCAUGCCGGCCCAGAUCCUCGAUCCCCUCCAGUGGGAGCGAGAAGUCGCACUCACCACUGCUCCGGGAUCAGAAGGCAGCGACGUCGGGCUCAGCCACAAUGGACAAAGAAAACGGAAGCGGCAGGCCGAGCUCGGCGCCAUCGAUGCCACGUCGGCGCCGGGCAACAAGACCAGCCAUCUCAGCGCCUUGAUGCGAGGCCACGGACAUCUCACCGCCUUUGAACGAUCCGCACCGCGUUACAAGACCCUGACCAAGCUCCUCGGCCGCUCCGGCGCACUUGCAUCGCCCCCCGCGAGGGACAAAGGGAAGGGCAAGGAGCUCGCGCUGGGCAACGUCACCACAAUCAACCAGGACUUCCUGCAGACAGACCCAGAGCAUGAGUCGUGGCGCAGCGUGAGGUACAUGCUCGUCGACCCAAGCUGCAGUGGAAGCGGCAUCGUCAACCGCCUCGACCAUCUCAAGGGCGACGAAGAGGCGGCCGACGCAGAGGAGGCGGAUGAGGUGGCCGAAGGUCCAGAUGCCCCAGCAAGGCCGCACGCAGGCGAGGACAAGGGCGUCGAGGACGUCUCGUCCGCUGACUCGCCAGACGAGACACAGGAGCGCAAGACCAAGAAGCAACAAAGGCUCGAGAAGCUGGCAGAAUUCCAAUUGCUGAUGAUCCGCCAUGCGAUGCGCUUUCCGAAUCUCCAGCGUCUCGUCUACUCGACCUGCUCCAUCCACGCCGAGGAGAACGAGCAUGUUGUCGUUCGUGCACUGCAAUGCGCCGAGGCGAGCAGCCACGGAUGGACGCUGGCACCUCGUGCCCAGGUGCUGCCCAGCUGGCCGGUGCGUGGCAAGGUCGACGAGUGCCAAGGCGACGAGAGGAUCGCCGACAGCGUCAUCCGUUGCAUCCCAGGUGGCACACCCUUCUCUGAGGGUCAGUACCCCAAUACGGAGAGCUGCAACGGCUUCUUCGUAGCCUGUUUCAUCAGACGAGAGGGCCAAGGCGUAGCAGAAGCGGAAGGUGCGGACCAAGAGGCGCACGACGGCAGCCAGGCCAACGAGGACGUCGAGGUAGUGAGGAAGAGGCGCAAGACCGAGCUCAACAGGAAAAAGGCGGAACAGAAAAAGAGAAAGGAGAGGGAGAAGAAGCUUCAGCAGCAGCAGCAGCAGCAGCAGCAGCAGCAGCAGCAGCAGCAGCAGCAGCAGCUCGCAGCUGAAGAUCAGCCCAUUUGA